GUUUACGAGAUUUUAUAAACAAAUAAGUUACGUGGAUUUCAAGUGCAAUUAAAGUUAAACGCAGAAUGGCCGAGGGUAACGAGACUCAGAAAUCAGAGACCGUCGAUGAGGUUAGCAAGGAGACGGAUAUUAGCCGAUAUUUUGAGAAUGCAUCGCGCACGAUUUUCGACGAGAUCGUCUCGCCUAAAAAAGACGAUUUCUUCGACGUGCAAAGAAGCACCGGGAGCAGAAUCCCGGAUUUCGAAUUAAUGACGGAUCAGACGAGCGAAUUUCUAAAGAGCAGUUCCUUGCUUGGCAGCGAACGCCCCGAGCACGGUGGCACGAACGACGGGCACAGAGACGUUUGGAUACCUUCUGAUCAGACGAGGAAAAUUCUGCGUAACGUGGCCACGUCAACUGCCGGGACCAAUUUCCUUGAUAGAGAGAAUCUAACGAUGCCUGGACUCGCGGUUCAGGGAGACAUGCCUAAUUUGAUAAAGAAUGCCGCAGCGCGUUUCUUAGGAGAAGGUGAAAAUAUGCAAAGGAAAGUACUCACUGCUUCUGAUGUGACACAGGACGAACGUGGCUUGAGACAAUUGAUACAGGCUGGUUGUUACAAAGCAGCGAUUAAUUUAUCAGGGCGAUUGUUAGCGGUAUACGCCCAAGGAUACGGAAAAAUAAAUCAACCUAGUAAACACUCGCCGCAUUCGUUGCAGUUGUGGUAUACAAGACUAGCUCUGUUGACUAAGCUCAGGCAAAUUGAUAUCUUAGAAAAUGAGUCAAAACCAUUUGGUAAUCUAGAUAAGCCAGAUAUGUAUUUUACGUUUUAUCCAGAACUUUAUGGCACCAGGCCAGGUUCUAUGGCUUCUUUCUCAUUCAGACUACUUCUGGCAGAGGUUCCAAUGUACUGUGGGAAGCCUAAACAGGCGUUAGAUAAUCUUUAUAAGGUUCUAACGACAGUGAAUCAAAUAAUAGCCAAUUUCAGUGGUGGGUUCAAUGGAGAUGGAUCUCGAGUCAAGAUCAAUCCCGUGGAACAAGAGGAUGCUUUAAGAUUAUGGAAGGGCAGGAGAUCUAGAGUACUUAUAUCUAUCGCUAACUGUGCAGUCAGUACGAAGAAUUAUGUACUUGGUAUAGACAUUUUGGAGAAAUUAUGUCAGUCCACUGAUUGGACGCCUGAACAAUUGGACGCAUUGAAAGCUAGCAUAGGUAGACUGCACUUAUUUUUAGGCGAUGUUGCAACGGCGGAAAAAUACCUGAUUAGUUCGAAUAAGAAGACUACUAGCGGUCCUACUGUCAGAGAAUUAAUGGACACAGGAUUGCUGGCAGUUGCUCACAAUUCGUUCCAGGCGGCGUACAAAUGUUUCCAAGCUGCAGAAGUUUUGGACCCUUCGAACGUCGCGUUAAUUAAUAAUAUGGCUGUUUGCCUCCUGUACACGGGCCAGUUAAAAACGGCGGUGCAAUUGUACGAAAACAUGAUCGCGAGAGAUCCAAUAAAGAGUUUACAAGAACCUGUAUUACUGAACAUAUGUACUGCGUACGAACUGCAUACGACUCAUUGCAAACAACCGAAGUUACAUUUAUUGAGUCAGCUGAACAGGUAUAAAGGGGAUGCUGUAGAUAUACAAUGCCUGAAGCUCUCUUUAAAUUGAAACCAUAUGUUCGUCCGUGUACAGUACACAAUAAUUUUAAAUCUGUUAUUUAAUUGUGAAGAGAAUUGUAUAAAUUUUGUCAAUAAAAAUAGAUAUCGUCAAACGUUUAACA